AUGCGCGACUCAAAUGGUGCAAGGGAUGUGAAGAGGCUUUGGGAAGACGACAUCUCUCCCAACCUGAAGGAGGCGACACUGGGACUUGGACCAAGUCGUCGUGGCCCUACCCAGCUUUCUAAAUCGGGCCCAGCCACUUCCAGGGUAAAGAGCGCGGCUUUCCCGCCCGCCGGGUCCGGGGAGUGGGCGGCGGCGCCACAGCGCGGCCUGCUCCGCGCCCUGCCCUCGCCUCGCGGGUCCUCGGCGGCCGGGGAGGGGCUCGGCGGGGCCACGACGGCCCCACGCCCCGCGGCUCCGCCCCCUCAUUUAAAUACGCGGCGCCGGCGGGUGCGUCGAGCUCGCCGCGGACCCAAGAUGGCGGCGUGUGGACGUGUACGGAGGAUGUUCCGCUUGUCGGCGGCGCUGCCGCUGCUGCUGCUCGCGGCGGCCGGGGCCCAGAAAGUCCCAGGCCAGGGCGUCCACGGUCAGGGCCAGGGCGCAGGGGUCAACGCGGUGCCCUUUGCAGGGCAGGCCGGAGGCGGCGGCCCAGCGGGUCCGCAGCUGCCCCCGUCAUCGCAGCUCCAGCAGCAGCAGCAGCAGCAGCAGCAGCAGCAGCAGCAGCAACAGCAGCCGCCUCAGCCGCCGCAACCGCCUUUCCCGGCGGGUGGGCCUCCGGCUCGGCGGGGCGGAGCGGGGCCCGGCGGAGCCGGCGGGGGCUGGAAGCUGGCGGAGGAAGAGUCCUGCAGGGAGGACGUGACCCGUGUGUGCCCCAGACAUACCUGGAGCAACAACCUGGCGGUGCUCGAGUGCUUGCAGGACGUGAGAGAGCCUGAAAAUGAAAUUUCUUCAGACUGUAAUCAUUUAUUGUGGAAUUACAAGCUGAACCUAACUACAGAUCCCAAAUUCGAGUCUGUGGCCAGAGAAGUUUGCAAAUCUACCAUAUCAGAGAUUAAAGAAUGCGCUGAUGAACCAGUGGGGAAAGGCUACCUGGUCCCUGCUUGGUGGAUCACCGACGACUGCAAAAAUGACAUCAACAUUCUGAAAUGCGGCAGCAUUCGGCUUGGAGAAAAG